AUGGCAGCUCUGUCCUUUGCGGUCAUCACAGGCACCCGUGCUGGCGAGGCAGACGGCAAGUGUGACACCAUACCCAAAACUUCUGGGAUAUGCUACAUCAUGCAAGAAAUGCGUAUGUUUAUAUACGCAUAUGAAUUGAAAAUGACCUCCGAGGGUAACGUGUUGCAACUGAGGAGCUCCGACGGCACUACACCAUCGAUGUCCUUUGAGCGUCUCACGAAAAUUUUGAAGCCUAAGAAGAUAGUAUUCAUCGGGAACAACCCAUGUUACACCUACGAUGGCAAUGGAGAGAAGCGGUUCGGGGCAAGUGUGCGGGACUUUAUUGUCGGCACGUAUUUUGGACAUCGCUUGUACAGUGACAUCGUAAAGCAGGCACUGUUCGAUUCGACGAGCAGUUCAGGCAGUAAUCUCAUCCAAGAAGUAAAUGACAGGAGCACCGCGGAGCAGUGUGACGAGUUCUACGACGCGGUUAGACUGCGCACCAACAUGCCAGUUGAAUCAGUGCAUGAGCUUUACGACAUAGACGAUGCGUUUUGCAAGGCAGAGAUGGAGGUUCCGAUCACCAACCCGGAGGAUGAAUGCGACAACGACAUUAGUGACAUUCCAUGCGAGUGUUCCCCCAUUGAGGACUUGCAAGACGUGGCCAAACGCUUGAUUUACAAUCAUAACUUCAUAAAUGACCCCACGAUUCACGAAAUGCUACGGGGUGUGAGAUGCUCCAUGAAGAAGUGCCGACUAAUUCGCAAGACAAACAGCGCUCACGUUGCCGAGAGUGUGCGCAAAGGCAUGGUAGUAGCGUCUCAGAAGAGAGCUCAGUGGCUAUCAGCAAGGCCUGAUGAAGGCGAUGUGAAUCAUAUUAUGAUUGUGCUCAAUGCAGCUUGCCAAUGCACCAGUGUCAAGUGUCUAGAAGUACGGGACGUGACUACGCUCAAUUUUGAAGCGAGCGAGCAACUGCAGUUUCGUCGGCUAAAGUCUUUAGUGAUUGCUAAUUCGGCAGCUACAAUGAGUGCAAUAAUUAACAUGUGCCAUAACCUUACAAUAGAUUACUUCGAAAUGGUGGAUAAGCCGUUGUGCAUGUUCAACUGCAAAUUUGAGAAACAGUUUGGUGAUGUGAGCGAGUUCGCAGCGAACCAAGUGAGCAUUCGCCACGAGCACUCGCCUGCCGACGAGACGUUAAUGUUGCUGAAGGACUUGAGUGCAGAAAUGCUCCAAGGACUGAUUCACUAUGACAAGCUCGGUCGCGCAAAGGAGCUGUACGUUUCGUGUGUGGCUCAGUUUGUAGCCGUUCUGAAUCGCAUUCGUCGUCGGUGCGUGAAAUCAGUGCUACAUGCCAUAAACUAUAUAAUUAAGAACACCAAGCGCGUCACGCAGUCCGACCGGCUAGAUCUGAACAUCACAGACGACACUAGCGAGGCAGAACUGGUAGGAGACAUGAACGACGACUGGAUUGAGACUUUGGGUCGCAAGUUGAUGGAGAACAAUGCUUGCAUGUUGCUGAACAACAGGCCUACUCAUCUCGUGAUCAAAGAGACUAUGAGCUUGUUCAAGUACAUUCCCAUCACUUCCAGAGACAUGGCAUCUCACGACGACUCGUUCCUGACCGAUCCUCUAGCCGUGAGAUCGUUUGUGCGAACGAGUCCCCGCAUCAAGUCUAACUCGCUGAACCGCCUACUGAGCAUGCAUUUGGGUGAAAAUCGGGACGCAGGUCUGAUGAUGCCCAUAGUCGAUUUGAGCAUAAAGAUGGUCAUGUCUAACGACCCGAAGUUUCUGUUUGGAGACCUGAUGUUCGUGUUGAGAAAUCACGCGUACCUGAUCUUCGGUCACUCAUGGCGGAAUGCCAGACAAUUUUGGCCCAUGGACAGAGACUUUCUGCAAAACAAUAGAAACGACUGGAUCAAGACUAGACGGACAGUCUUGAAAUGGGAAGACAUUAAGAUGCGAAUGGAGAGGUGCACCAGCGACGAUGUUUCUAUGGUGUGA